AUGGCAAAGCUAAUGUCUUCUUCAAACUUCUUAUUUUUCUCUCUAGCAGUCUUAAUCACAGUCUCCUCCAUACCAAAUUUCGCUUCUGCUUCUUUGAAGGAAGUCAAGGCUCUUCUGAAAUGGAAAGAAAGCCUUGAAAUCCCAAACAACUCCUUGCUCUCUUCAUGGAUUCCCCUCCCAAUGAAUUCCAGUGCAUCAGUUCCAUGCACUUCUUGGUUUGGAAUAGUUUGCAAUGCUGAUGGGAGCAUUAAGAACUUGAACCUCAGUUCAUCUGGAUUAAAAGGUACACUCCACCAAUUUCCAUUCUCUUUGCUACACAGUCUUACACAUUUUGAUCUCGGUAUGAACAACUUCUUUGGCCCCAUUCCACCAGAAAUCCGACACCUGUCGAAACUUGUCUAUCUUGAUUUUUCAGUGAAUAAGUUUUCUGGAGUUAUCCCACCUGAAAUUGGAAACCUGUACCAGUUAACCAUCUUGUACCUAUACUCAAACAAUAUAUCUGGCUCAAUUCCUUCAUCAUUGGGUGAUUUAACAUCUUUGAAUGUCCUUUAUUUGCACCAAAAUCAACUCUCUGGUCCCAUUCCAAUUGAGCUUGGAAAUUUGAGUUCUCUCACUGAGCUAGCCAUGUACAAGAAUCAACUUAAUGGUUCUAUUCCUUCAUCAUUGGGUGAUUUAACACAUUUGAGUGUCCUUUAUUUGUAUAAAAAUCAACUCUCUGGUCCCAUUCCCAUUGAACUUGGGAAUUUGAAAUCUCUCACUGAUCUUGAGGUGACCGACAAUCAACUUAGUGGUUCUAUUCCUUCAUCAUUCGGUGAUUUAACAUCUCUGAAUGUCCUUUAUUUGCAAAAUAAUCAACUCACUGGUCAAAUUCCAAUUGAACUUGGGAAUUUGAAGUCUCUCACUUUUCUUGUAGUAUACAACAAUCAACUUAAUGGUUCUAUUCCUUCAUCAUUGGGUAAUUUGACAUUUUUGAAUGUCCUUUCUUUGUAUAAGAAUCAACUCUCUGGUCCCAUUCCAAUUGAACUUGGGAAUUUGAAAUCUCUCACUCAGCUCCCGUUAAAUGACAAUCAGCUUAGUGGUUCUAUUCCUUCAUCAUUGGGUGAUUUGACAUAUCUGGAUAUCCUUCUUUUGCAAAAUAAUCAUCUCUCAGGUCACAUUCCUAUUGAACUUGGGAAUUUGAAAUCUCUUACUUAUCUUGUGAUCAACAAUAAUCAACUUAGUGGUUCUAUUCCUUCAUCGUUGAGUAAUUUGACAUCUUUGAAUGUCCUUUAUUUGUACAAGAAUCAACUCUCUGGUCCCAUUCCAACUGAAUUUGGGAAUUUGAAAUCUCUCAAUGAUCUUGGGUUGAGCAGUAAUCAACUUAGUGGUCCCAUUCCCAUUGAACUUACUUAUUUGAAGUCUCUCACUAAUCUUGAGGUGGGUUUGAAUCAACUUAAUGGUUCUAUUCCUUCAUCACUAGCAAACCUGAGCAACUUACAAUGGCUGGCUCUCCAAGAUAAUAAAUUUUCUGGUCCCAUUCCUAGUGAACUUGGGAAGUUGAAGUUUCUUACACAUCUUUCGUUGAGUAGAAAUCAGCUUAGAGGUUCUAUUCCGUCAUCAUUUGGUGAUUUGACAUCGUUAAAUUUUCUUUAUAUGUAUCACAAUCAGCUUGCUGGUCCCAUUCCUACUCAAAUAGUGAAUUUGAAGUCUCUCACAGAUCUUAAAGUCAACGGCAAUCAAAUUAGUGGUUCUAUUCCUCUAGAGUUUGGAAAUUUAACUCAACUACAAAGACUUGAUCUGUCUUCGAAUCAUUUGAUUGGUGAGAUCCCAAAGGAAUUUGGGAAGAUGAAAAGUAUGUUGAAUUUAUGCUUGGCUGAUAACCAACUUAAAGGUAUUAUACCUCAGGAGCUUGAAUUCUAUGAACUCUUGGAAGAACUCGAUCUCUCCAGAAAUAGAUUGAAUGGGUCGAUACCAAAAAGUAUUGGUAAAUGGGUACACAUCCACUACCUGAAUCUUAGUAAUAACCAGCUUAGUGAGAAAAUUCCAUCUGAGAUUGGUAAAUUAGUUCAUCUUACAGAACUUGAUUUGUCUCAGAAUUUGCUCACAGACGAGAUACCAUCUGAAGUUCAAAGUUUGCAAAGUUUGCAAAAAUUGAAUCUUUUUCACAAUAGACUAUCUGGUUCUAUUCCAAUCGCAUUUACAAGUUUGCCUAGUGGGAUUGCCAUCGAUCUGUCCAACAAUGAACUCACAGGUCCAGUUCCCCUUUCCUCUAACUUUGAGAAUGCAUCCUUACAAGGAAAUCCAGGUUUGUGUGGAAACUUUACGGGACUAAAACUUUGUCCAACUCAAAUCUUGAAGAAGAAAAAUAACCCCUUUCAUCAUCGACUAAUCCUUGUAAUUAUGCUCCCUCUUAUCGGGGCAAUUUUACUUGGUUUUUUCAUGUGUGGCUUCAUUGCUUAUCGAAAACAAAAGAAACAUUCUCCACGGAAACCAUUGGAAAAAGAAGGUGGUGAUUAUUUCUCCAUAACAAGUUUUGAUGGAGGAGUAGUGUAUGAUGACAUCUUGAAAGCAACAAAUGAUUUUGAUGAAGCAUACUCUAUUGGGACCGGAGGAUAUGGGGCUGUGUACAAAGCCGAGAUACAACCUAACAAUGUGGUAGCUGUCAAGAAACUUCAUUCAUCAUCUGAGAAUGUGGAUCAUAAUGGAUUCCUUAACGAGAUACAAGCAUUAACCAACAUAAGGCAUCAAAACAUAGUGAAACUUUAUGGAUAUUGCUCACAUGCCCGCCACUCAUUUUUGAUUUAUGAAUACCUUGAAAAGGGAAGCCUUGGAUCAAUCUUAAGAAGUGAUGUUUUAGUACAAGAACUUGAUUGGUUGAAAAGGAUAAAUAUUGUAAAGGCUAUAGCUAAUGGUUUGGCUUAUAUGCAUCAUGAUUGCUCACCUCCUAUAAUUCAUAGAGACAUUUCCAUUGCCAAUAUCCUUCUUGAUUCUGAUUAUGAGGCACAUAUUUCUGAUUUUGGCACUUCCAAGCUUCUAAAGCUAGACUCAUCCAACUGGACUGCAAUUGCAGGAACCUAUGGUUAUAUCGCGCCAGAGCUUGCUUAUACGAUGGUGGUGACCGAGAAAUGUGAUGUAUAUAGCUUUGGGAUCGUUGCACUAGAAGUGAUCAUGGGAAAACAUCCCGGUGAACUACCAACAUUGUCUGCUGGUUAUCUAGUAUUAUCAAAUGUUGGAGAUAGUCGUAUUCCACUUCCCUCACCACAAGUUGAGAAACGAGUAAAUUUGGUACUGAAUCUCUCAAGAGCAUGUUUGAACUCGAAUCCGCAAGAACGGCCAACAAUGCGCCAAGUUUCAAAUCUAUUGAUGAAGGAUUGAUAUUAGUGUACUUUCAAUGUUAUUUUCUUUUGUGAAGUUCCUUAUAUGCAUCCUGAUAAUAUGUACUUAUUUGAAUACCCUUUUGUUAUGAAACUUCUCAUAUGUUUUCUUAAAUCAUUAUGUAGAAGAUAAACAAAUAAUUCAGUUACUGAA